AUGGCUGAGAUCAAGGAGAAAAUCUGCGACCACCUAUUUACUGUGUUCAACUCCUCUGCCCUUAAUCUGGCAAAAAAUAUCGGCCUCACCAAGGCUCGGGAUGUAACUGCCAUACUGCUUGACUUAGAAAGGCAGGGGGAUGUGUACAGGCAUUGGGCAACCCCUCCCAUAUGGUUUUUGACUGAUAAGAAGCGGGAAAGAAUGCAAAUCAAGAAGAAUGUGAAUAGCUUUCCUGAACCCACUCCUGCUGCUACCCCUGAGACCAAAAGAAAUGUAGAGCUCCCCACCUGUAACUUACCUGCUUCAUGUGCCUCAAACAACACGAUCACCACAGGAAAAGUGACAAAUGGGCAGGAACCUGUCCUAAAGUUAGAAAAUCAGCAAGAGGCCACACCGGAACCAAUCAGACUGAAACCACCUGCUCAUGACAAUGGCCCCUCAAAAACAGGGUAUGUUGACAUUGAAAAUGGCCAGUGGGCCACAGAUGACAUCCCAGAUGACUUGAAUAGUAUCCGUGCAGCACCAGGUGAGUUUCGAGCCAUCAUGGAGAUGCCCUCCUUCUACAGUCAUGGCUUACCACGGUGUUCACCCUACAAGAAACUGACUGAGUGCCAGCUGAAGAACCCCAUCAGUGGGCUGUUAGAAUAUGCUCAGUUCGCUAGUCAGACCUGUGAGUUCAACCUGCUAGAACAGAGUGGACCACCCCAUGAACCUCGAUUUAAAUUCCAGGUUGUUAUCAGUGGCAGAGAGUUCCCCCCAGCUGAAGCUGGCAGCAAGAAAGUGGCCAAACAGGAUGCAGCUAUGAAGGCCAUGGCCAUACUGCUUGAGGAAGCUAAAGCCAAGGACAGUGGGAAGUCAGAGGAAUCUUACUACUAUUCCCCUGAGAAAGGAUCCGAGAAGACUGCUGAGUCCCAGCUUACCACCCCUUCAGCAACAUCCUUUUUUUCUGGGAAAAACCCUGUCACUACAUUGCUUGAGUGCGUGCACAAAUUGGGAAGUUCCUGUGAAUUCCGCCUCCUGUCCAGAGAGGGCCCUGCCCAUGAUCCCAAGUUUCAGUACUGUGUUGCCAUGGGACCACAUACUUUCCCCACUGCAAGUGCCCCCAGCAAGAAAGUGGCAAAGCAGAUGGCAGCAGAAGAAGCCAUGAAGGCCCUUCAUGGAGAGGCAACCAAUUCGACAUCUUCUGAUGACCAGCCUGGAAGUACGAACACAGACUCUUUUGACAACUUGGAAUCUCUAAUGCCCAACAAGGUCAGGAGGAUUGGCGAGCUCGUCAGAUACCUGAACACCAACCCUGUGGGCGGCCUGUUAGAGUACGCCCGCUCCCACGGCUUUGCUGCUGAGUUCAAGUUGGUUGACCAGUCUGGACCUCCUCAUGAGCCCAAGUUUGUUUAUCAAGCAAAAGUUGGGGGUCGCUGGUUCCCAGCCGUCUGUGCCCACAGCAAGAAGCAAGGCAAGCAGGAAGCAGCAGAUGCGGCUCUCCGCGUCUUGAUUGGGGAGAACGAGAAGGCAGAACGCAUGGGUUUCACAGAGGUAACCCCAGUGACAGGGGCCAGUCUCAGAAGAACUAUGCUUCUCCUCUCCAGGUCCCCAGAAGCACAGCCAAAGACACUUCCUCUCACUGGCAGUACCUUCCAUGACCAGAUAGCUAUGCUGAGCCACCGGUGUUUUAAUGCGCUCACUAACAGUUUCCAGCCCUCCUUGCUUGGCCGCAAGAUCCUGGCUGCCAUCAUCAUGAAGAAAGACCCAGAAGACCUGGGUGUCGUGGUCAGCUUGGGCACGGGGAAUCGCUGUGUGAAAGGAGAUUCUCUGAGCCUAAGGGGAGAAACUGUCAAUGACUGCCAUGCGGAAAUCAUCUCCCGGAGAGGCUUCAUCAGGUUUCUCUAUAGUGAAUUAAUGAAAUACAACUGCCAGACUGCAAAGGACAGUAUUUUUGAGAUUGCUAAGGGAGGAGGAAAGCUCCAAAUAAAAAAGACAGUGUCGUUCCAUCUCUACAUCAGCACAGCCCCGUGUGGGGAUGGUGCUCUCUUUGACAAGUCCUGCAGCGACCGUGCUGUGGAAAGCACAGAUUCCCGCCACUACCCGGUCUUUGAGAAUCCCAAACAAGGCAAGCUUCGCACCAAGGUGGAGAACGGGGAAGGUACAAUCCCAGUGGAGUCCAGUGAUAUCGUGCCUACGUGGGACGGCAUUCGGCUUGGGGAGAGACUCCGUACCAUGUCCUGUAGCGACAAAAUCCUCCGCUGGAACGUGCUCGGCCUACAGGGGGCGCUGCUGACCCACUUUCUGCAUCCUGUGUAUCUCAAAUCUGUCACCCUGGGUUACCUUUUCAGCCAAGGUCAUCUGACUCGUGCUAUUUGCUGUCGUGUGACAAGAGAUGGGAAGUCAUUUGAGGACGGACUACGACAUCCCUUUAUUGUCAACCACCCCAAGGUGGGCCGAGUCAGUGUAUAUGAUUCCAAAAGGCAAUCUGGGAAGACUAAGGAGACAAGCGUCAACUGGUGUUUGGCUGACGGCUAUGACCUGGAGAUCCUGGAUGGGACCAGAGGCACCGUGGACGGGCCACGGAAUGAAUUAUCCCGGGUCUCCAAAAAGAACAUUUUUCUUCUAUUUAAGAAGCUCUGCUCCUUCCGUUACCGCAGGGACCUACUUAGACUCUCCUAUGGUGAGGCCAAGAAAGCUGCCCGUGACUAUGAGACAGCCAAAAACUACUUCAAAAAAAGCUUGAAGGACAUGGGCUAUGGGAAUUGGAUAAGCAAACCCCAGGAGGAAAAGAACUUUUAUCUCUGCCCAGUAUAG